AUGGUCUCCAGAGUCUCUCUGGUGAUAGGAGAGGACCUGGGGCCGCCGCCGCUCCCUCUGAGGGUAUAUGUGGGUAGCAGAUGUCGACCACUGCACAUCAGAGUCUCUGCCUCUCUGCUGGGGCGCAUCUUCCUCCGAAGGAUUGUCGCUGAGCUGCUCCUGGUCUGCCUCACCGGCUGCUGCCAGUUGACCAUCUUCUGCUGCGGUGGCCUGGUCGUCAUGGUGAUGAGAGUCUACCGCCUGGGGUUGGUCCAGCUGCUGCUCCAGCUCAGGUUCGGGAGUGUGCACCUGAGCUCUGCUUUCCUCACGAAUCCGCAGGCGAGGAGAUCUCCAGACAAGAGCGCCUUCUUCAUCACUGUCCGUGUCUGUGGCCUCUUGUAA